CCCCUUUUAUGUUUUCCAGUGAUUUCCACACACUUUCAGAAGUUCCAGGAUCCUGCUGUGCCAAAGGAUAAGAUCCAGUGCAUCCGUGUGACAGGUUGAGAUGAUAAGGGGCAGACAGAGAGAGCCUGGAGUAUACGGGAACAGAGACAGGAACAGAGACAGGAACUCGCCGGGCUGAUAUCAUCUUCAUUCUCAUUCACCAAAGCUGCUGCUGUUAAUUCUGUCAGGGUUAAUUACGAGGAAUUCAGAAGCUGCAUUGAACAGACUGUAACUUUCGCACUCCAAUACAGUGCUAGCUCUGACGUGAGGAUUCUUCAUCAUUAAUGUGCCCCCCUUAGGGCUGCUGAAUGCAGCUUCGUGAAUAUGACUCAUAAUCCCCACUCCGACCCCCUGCAGAGUCAUUCUGUGCUGUUAACCCUUUGACUCCUCAUCCACCAGACAGCAACUCACAUGGCAGCUUUUGUGCAGCUCUGAACAAGCAAAUAAAUACAUCAAACAAACUAGAAAAAUUAGAAAUUCUUAAUCACCACUGAUGCAUGCAAAUGAAACGUAACUGAUAGAAAUGAUGCAGUUAUUAAAUGCAUGCAUUAAGUCAGUAAUUGCAUUGGCUUCUGGUAUGUUGACAAAGAAAACAAGCAAGCUAAUUUAAACUCUACAGGUAAAGGUGUUCUGCUGUUGGAGAUUGUGUCAGCCAUUACGAGCAGGACCGCAAUGCACUGAAGAAGAAGGAGUGGGAACGACGCACCCAGGAAGUGCAACAAGAUGAGGAUCUCUUCUCCUCUGGGUUUAAUCUGUUUGGAGAGCCGUACAAGACGAACAAGGGAGACGCCCUAGCGAACCGCGUACAGAACACGCUGGGGAACUAUGACGAGAUGAAGGACCUGCUGACCAACCACUCCAACCAGAGCCACCUGGUGGGCAUCCCCAAGAACUCCGUCCCCCAGACCCCCGUGGAGAAGGCGGAGCAGCAGAGCUUCUUCCCCGAGGGCCAGAGGAGCAGGCUGGCCCCGUCCACUUCCAUGCCCCCUCCCCCCUCCUCCUCCUCCUCUUCCGGCCCCCUCACCAGCUCCUCGCUGCUGCACGCUUACCAGAGCAGCAAGAAGUCCCGCUCAUCAGACUGGUCCCGGGGCGGACAGUCAGGCCAGGCCAGCGGUCAGCAAUGCAGCCGGACAAAGCACAGUAGCUGUUCCCACGAGCCUCCCCAGAGAGGGUGUGAGGACUUGUGUAGCAGCCGGGGCGACGUGCACAAAGGGGACUCCAGCCCGGCUGCUUCCUCUUCCCACUCCAGGAGACACACUCACUCCUCCAAGUCUGCUGCUGGAGACCACGCCUACAAGGAAAGCACACACUCCAAGUCACCCAUGGAGCUGGACUUCAGCUCCCACGGUUCGAACUCUCCCGUCCCUUCGACGUCUCUCAUUUCCGGUGGGCUUUCCACUCCAAACUUCCCGCCCGCGCUGCACUCCAAGCCUAGCAUGGUCCAGCAAAAGCCCACCGCCUAUGUCAGGCCGAUGGACGGCCAAGAUCAGGUCCCCAACGACUCCCCCGAGCUCAAACCAGCCAUGGAAAUCGGGGAUAGCUAUAGCAACCCACCUUUCGGAGGCCUGCUGGAAGGGAAAGCCAGUGCAAUGAAUGCAAAGAGCAAGCUGCCAAAGCUGACUUUACCUCAGUCUGGGGAGGUCAGCCUUUCGAAUGACUCCAGCUGUGUUGAAGAAAUACUGCGGGAGAUGACCCACUCAUGGCCGCCACCAUUGACAGCGAUUCACACUCCUGGAAAAGCAGAGCAGACCAAGUUCCCCAUUCCAUCCAAGGAGCCCCAGCAUCUCCCCUCCGGAUACAACGGACCAAAACGCAGCGAUGCUCCCAACAAGGCUGCAACCAAGUCUGUGCCACAGAAGUCAAUGCUGGAGGAUGAUCUGAAGCUCAGCAGCGAUGAUGAAGACAGCGAGCAGACUGCAGAGAAGACCAAGCCUAGAAGCACUCCUGUAAAUCUCCCCGUGCCUCCCACACGCACAGCAGAGUCAGGCACCUCGGGAAGCUCCAGCGAGUCAGAGAGCAGCUCGGAGUCGGACUCUGACAGCGAGAGCAGCUCCAGCUCCAGCGAGUGCAACGAGGGCUCCCGCAGUGCCACCCCUGAGCCAGAGCCUCCAUCCACAAACAAGUGGCAGCUGGACAAGUGGUUGAAUAAAGUGACCCCCCACAACAAGGCUCUGAUCAACAGCCAGACUGAAGGCCAGGUGCUGGCCGGUGCUCAGUCCGAGGACAGUCGGCAGAAUGAGGGACCAGGCCAGGACAAGGGGAAGGCCAGCGAGGUGUUGCCUCAGCCUGAGGUCAAGGAGCGGGCCUUGCUCAGCCCCAUCAGGGAGAGAGCUAAGCCCCGGACAGGCCAGAAGACCCUGGAGGGCAAGAGCGGCAAGCUCAAAUCCCCGGCACAUGUGGAACUGGCCCCUCCCCGGAGAACCACUGGGAAGAAGCAGCCCAAGAAAGUGGAGAGGGCCCCCAGCGUGGAGGAAUACAACUGGCCCAAACCCAACAACCCCAGCUCCACGCCAAAGGAGAAGGAGCCGCCGCCGCCCCUGGAGCAACCCAAAGCCAGGAGCAAGGGGGGCAGCGGCAAGACGGCCCCGCGGAAAGAGCAGAGGUCCAACGCGGCAGCGGCGCCUCCCCCAGACAAGAAGAAGCACAGGGGGGUGAGCAAGAUCGUCCCCAAGUCCAAGGAGUUCAUCGAGACUGAAUCGUCUUCUUCAGAGUGCCACUCAGACCAGGAGGAGCUGGUUAAACUCUCUGCUCCCUGCCUGGGGCCGAGCAUCGCCGGCAGCUCGCUCAAACCCAAGGACUGCAGCAGCAAUAACCUGAGCGUCAGCAGCACUUCAAUAGACCCGGCCGGCAGUGACUUACUAGACGAGCACUUCUUCUCCCCCGCCCCCAUGGUCCAGAAUGAACUGCUGUCUCCCUUGAGGGAAUUCGAGGAGAUCAAGUCACUGUGGGUGAAAAUCGAGCUGAGUUUUCUGUCUCGGAUACCCGGGCAAGACCCCCCAGAGCCGGACUCUGUGAAGCCUGAGCCCAAGGACUCCAACCUGAAGCACCGGCGGCAAACUCCAGCUUCGACAGCCACCGAGAAACCCCCCAGCAAAUCCAAGAGGAAACACAAGUCUGAGAAUUCAGAUGCACUCAGUGGCAAUAAGAAGCUACGGUUAGAGAAGGCCUCGGCGUUGCUCCCCCCUUGUAUUUCUCCAAUCCACAGCCACAAGCCCACCAGCACUAAAGACUCCUCCAAGAAGCAGCCCAGGAAACGUGAGGAGAAGCUGCUACCCCCCCCUCUGUCCCCGCUCUCCGAUGAGCCCCUCCACAGUGAGAGCAGCUCCUUCAGCCAGGAGAACAGCACCUCCUCCUCGCACAAGCACCGCAAGGGAGACAGCAAGCCCGCCACGCACACCAAGGCCCAGAAAGAAGAACCUCUUAGCAGGUCCUGCAGCAGUUUCCAUGGCAACGGGCAAACGGAGCCUGACCUUUGGUCUACCCUAUCGCCAAUGUUGACAGAGCCUCGGAGGCCAAAAUUGACGUUUGAUGACACACUUCACAAUGCAGACUACUAUAUGCAGGAAGCCAAGAAAUUAAAGCACAAAGCUGAUGCACUGUUGGAGAAGUUUGGCAAAGCCGUUAAUUAUGCAGACGGCGCCCUGUCCUUCAUCGACUGUGGGAAUGCGAUGGAACGAGAUCCAUUAGAAGCCAAGUCUCCAUACACCAUGUACUCAGAAACAGUGGAGCUCAUCAGGUAUGCAAUGAGGUUAAAGAACUUCACAGGCAAAUCUUCUACAGUAGCUGAUAAGAAGCUGUCUGUUUUAUGUUAUCGGUGUUUAUCGCUUCUCUACUUGAGAAUGUUUAAACUGAAGAAGGAUCAUGCAAUGAAGUACUCGCGCUCCCUCAUGGAAUAUUUCAAGAACUCUGUGAAGAGCUCCCAAGCACCGUCGCCCUGGGGAGGCAAUGGGAAAAGCACAGACACCCCGUCGCCCACAUCUCUGAGCCCCUCUCCGGUCAGCUCUGUGUGCAGCAGCGCGGGCACCUUGGGCUCCUCCUCCUCCUCGGGCAGCAUCGCCAUCCCCCAGCGCAUCCACCACAUGGCCGCCAGUCACGUCAACAUCACCAACAACAUCCUGCGGAGCUACGAGCACUGGGACACCGCCGACAAGCUGUCCCGCGAGAGCCGAGAGUUCUUUCAGGAGCUGGACUCAGUGAUGGAACCGCUGACCCAACACAGCAGUAUGACCAGCCUGGUCCGCUAUGUCAGGCAAGGACUGCACUGGCUCCGUAUAGAGGCUCACUUAUUAUAGUGACCGGACUACUGCGCUGUAUAUUACACAUCUUCAUCACUACCUCUACCAGCGUACCGACCCUUGCCCGCCCACGCACCCCACCCCAUCAGCCACCCACAGCAUGGACAGCACAUCCAGCAGCAUCGCCCGCACAGGGGGCUCUGUCUGAAGGUCCUCUUGGUACCUUUUUGUUUUGUUUCUGCCUCACUGCUUUGGGGUUUUGAGGUCCCUCCUGCUUCUACUGAGUGUUGCAUUCUAAGUGUAUACAGCCCCCCCCAACCCCCAUUUAGAGACAGAAGCACUGCAACUGCAGCUCGAGGCUGAAAAAAAAAGGAGAAUAGAAAAGCACUUAAAAAAAACAGAAUCAUAUAGUUGCGCUCCCAGCUUGUAUUUGCAAUAGGUUUGAAUGGUACCUCUCAGUUUCACUUCCCAAACUUACCCCUCCCUUCUAUAUCACAAUACAAGCACAGAUUUGGCAGCUUGUACAUAUUCACAUUGUAAUGAGUUGUUGAAAGUAACGUCUGAUCAUGUGGUUGCGGCAGGAUGGGAGGUGGUGAAAGUUAGUCUUAAUAUUUGACAACAGGUACUCCUGACGUGUGUUCACCUUAUUGAAUGGGUAGCACUUUGCAUUAAGGGUGACUACCGGGGCAAUAGCAUGUGUGGUUACAUAGUAAUUACACUGUUAAAUACUCAACUACAUGUGCAAAUACAGUGCAAUUACAAAACACGCUGGUAAUGGCAAACAUUUUCCAUUUAGUGAUCAAACAUGUUACUGCAUUGUACCUACACAGCAGUAUGUGUAAUGGCUGUGUUAUUACAGCGCAGUUAGAUACACUUCAUGUAAAGUGUUACCAUUGAAUCAUUCUUUUUUAAUUGUAAAAUAGCCAACAAAAGAUAUUGCUAGCUGUGAAAUCCCUAGGACCCUUUUUGUAUUACAUUUUAUAGAACAUUUGUAUUUGCAUUCAAUGCGUUGCUUCCAAUUUUUCUCAACCCUGUUUUGGUGGCAUUCAUUCCACUGUUUAAAGUGUUUGAACUUUCAUACAAUCUAACCAGGAAAGGGGCAACAAACACAAGCUUCCAGAUCUGUCAAAUGCAAUCUUACAAUAAUACAGGAGCUACUUUGUGCACAAGGUGAACGCACACACACACACACACGUAUAGUGUAAACGAGAUCUAUGUAUGAGUAUGUGUUUCAACAUGUUCAUAAAAAAAAUAAUAAUAAUAUAGCACUUAGACAAAAUUCCAAACAAACUUUGUUUUACAAAACUUCAUGAAGGCAUUGGCUGAAGACAACAUCUACUUAUAGUAUCAUGUAUUUAUUUAAGAGGUUUCCAGAUAGCACUUUUAACACUGUGGUGUACAGACACUGCAAUGUACUGAAGUGUAGUUAUGUAAGUCAACGUUAAAGACCCAAUCAUUGCAAUGUACUGAAGCAUCGUUAAUGAAUCAAUCAUAACAUCUCUAAUCACAGUGGAAAGGAGUCUUUAAACCACUUAAAUUAGUAAAAUGUGAACCUUCAUGAAUUUCUAUAUUCUAAAGAGACUGAAAAACCCUGUAGCGAUGUUUUGAUUUUCAUAACCUUGGGCCCUUUCUAAAUGAUUUAAACAAGCCCAGCAUUUAAAUGCACCUCUCUUCAGACUGAUUGAAUAGACCCACAAUAAUGCCUGUUCAGAUCAGUUGAAUAGAGCCACAAUAAUACCUGUUCAGAUGGGUUGAAUAGACCCACGAUAAUGUACCUGCCUGUACUCCACGAGACAGUUACAGCAGCUGGGCUCUGUCCUCCUCUCUACAGGAUCGCUGGCCGUUUCUGAAGACACUCUGAAUCUGUAACUAGAAUCUCGAUACAGAUCACGCAGCUCAUGAAAUCAGUUCUCGUGUUUCCUUGUAACAAGGUGGAAACCUUUGGGAAAUCUGAUAAGAGAACCACAUUAAGAUUAUUUAAAGAGAUGGACCAGUGUCAAGGUGGUUUACAAGUGCAUAAUUCCCAGUACAUAAGUAUCUGCAUUCACCAGUGUGGUCCAGAGCUCACUGCUGAUGCCCUAUCUUAAUCUGAGAAGGCAAAAGCACCAUUACUGAAUGUUAAUAGUAGAUGCAGCAAGGGUGCUUGCCAGCUGUCGUUUUUUAACUGAGUCAAUGAGGAAUUAAAAAAAACUAUUUUAAAAUGUUAUCUAUGCAACUUAGGGUGGUAAACUGGGAACCGUGAUUUCAAAUGUCUAAGCAAACCAAUGCUAACGUAUGAUACAAAUAAUCUGUAAUUAAUUACUGUUCAGUAACACAAACAUAUGACUACUUGAAUUGGUACAAAAUACACGUAUCAAAGGCACAUUCGGUUAGGAAGUCAUUCUGCAAAAAAAAAACUACAACAGCUAUUGAAUUAAACUAAAUGACAGCACUUCUGAAAGCAGAACUGAGUAAUUUAAAAACAUAAGGAAUCAUUAUAACUUAUGCAAGGCUUGGUAAAUGAUAGUCAUGCGUUGGAUACAGAUAAAUGAUACUCGUGCAUUGGAUACAGAUGGGGUUGUGUGCUUGUUUAUCGUCACCCUUCGGAAGGAAAGCAAGCAGCUGGCUUGGAAGUGUGUCCAGGGAGCAUCGCAGCAGGCAGCACUCUACCUACAGCAAGAACGCCAAAACAUGUGCAAGGAAAUACAUCGUGAUAACAGAGUCUGCUUUAAAUGCGUCAACAUGGAACCAAAAAAUUGAGGGUUUUGCUUGAUUGAUAUUUGAAUUGCUCAAGGAAAAAAAAAAAACACACUGAAAUAUGUUUUCUGUUGUUUCUAACAUAUAUAAUUCCAACUUCCUGUUCUGAAAACCAAUAUAUCAAAGCGAGUCCUGUUUUUUUUUUGUUUUUUUUUGCCUUACUGGCAUGGCUAGAAAUUGGACUGGAAUUUACUCACGUUUGCAAAUUACCGGCAUCUUCUCCAACCCCAAUGUUGCCAGUUGUCGACAGUUUUUAGGGAGCCGUUUGUAUAUUUUAAGUGGCUUUUCACGCAGCUGUUCACACGCGUGCCAAAGAUGACCCGUUCUGUCAGGAAAAUCUGUGCUCCUUUGGCAGGCAGUCAGCUGCAAAUAACAUUAGCAGCUUUACUUCCAGCACAAAAACAAGUAGAUUUAAUGUUGCCAGGGAAGGGGCUGGAAGAAAUGGCAUGGGAUUAGUGCCUUCCUUCUGCCUGUGUAACUAAAAGGUGGGUCAGAGCUAGAGGCUUGGUCUUGUCCUGUGAAAAUAGGUCCUGUAUUCCAGCAAACGACACAUACUAGGAACAGUGAACAGGGGACCUUCUGGGACCAGUGAAACACAAACAGCUUUUAGAAGAGGAACCUUUUCAUGACCUGACCUGCUACUUGUACAGACAAGUGCCCCUCCUUGUGUCCACGUGAACAGUCUUCCCGUUGAGUUCCACAAUGAAACAGCCUCACAGUAAGAAGGAAAGGCAUUAUAAGCCUGCCAGGCAGAUGCAGAGCAGCACAUCGGCAAGCUUGUUUAUGCUGUAGUGGAAUCAGAAUCCUGAUUGUUCUACAUGUGUGCGGAAUUCUAUAUGCAAUCCAAUCCUGGUCUAACCACUACCUGCAUGCAUUCAAAUAGCCCUUUAAUAAUAAGCAUUCAUACCAAAUGCUUGCAAAAGAAGGUCUAUUCUUGAGAAAUAAGAGAGCUUAUGCACUUGUUGCCACAUAACACAGGAACAUUCUCUCAAUGGCUACAAACAAGAAAUUGAUUGAAGUAAAACAUUCUUUGUUUGCUUAAGGUUUAAAACACAGGGUACUGACACAGUGCCCUUGAUUUAAAGAUAAACGUUAUUAGAGAUGUUAUUAGUAAGCAAAAGAAAAACAAUAAACUGCUCGUUAAUAUGAAUCAUUUUAAAUUUGAAAGCGCUAAUGCAAUCUUUUUUUAAUCAUGUUUAUUUGGUUAUUAUUAUUAUUAUUAUUAUUAUUAUGAGAGCCGAUGUACAUGAUUUUAUUCCACAAUUAUACAUGAGGGUUAGCAACCCCUGUUUAUAUCAUGGUCGUGUAUUUGCAUCUUUUUAAACUUUUUUUUUUUUGUUUGCAAACGAGGUACUGAAAGAUGUACUCUUCAGAACUGCACAAGGGAGCAGAGAUUAGGCCUGUCACAAGCUCCUUGACUGACUUGUCUUUUCUGAGCAUUUCCUCUUCUCUCUUGCCCUUCAGAUUACUAAAAGCGUAUCACAAAAACUGAUCUCGGAUUUAAUGGUUCCAGCUGGAAACAUUCUGUUAGCUCUGCAAAUUAAAUGUCGCAAUAGCGUUUCAUUAACGUAUAAUAACAUCAAAUGUUGGUCAAUUAAAGGUCUAAUAAUUCAGUGCUAAUUAGUAUUUAAUAUGUAGCAUGACAGUCUACAGAGACGUAUGUGGUAUUAAUGGAUGUGUACUGACAAUGGAUCUUUAAAACAACCAAACAAUUGCGUCCUAUUAAGUGUUAACGAGCUAUGGAAUGCUUUGUCAGUUAAUCAAGAUGCAGUGCUAGAAACGCCAGUCCCCUUUACAGAGCAUGCUGCACACGCAGAACCAGCUACUUCGUCUCACGAAUUCCUUCUGCUCAAUCUUUAACCACAACUUUCUGCUACGUGCAACAAAGCAACAUUCCCCCAAAUGUCCUCCAUUAGAUCAAACGACCUGAAGCAUCUGUUUAUAUUAUGCUGCCUGUGUUGCAGUCGAUUCUAAUGGCCUUUUAUUUUUUUUUAACAUGUGUGUAGCAGUGCUAAGAGGUUAUGUAAAGGAGUGUAAUACAACAUAUCUGGGAUCCCUGGAAGCUGCCAAUAAAUAAUUCAAUUAGAAAUCCACUGUCUUUUAAAAGAGGGGAUCUUAUAUGGUCAAUCAUUGACCCCUUACUUCCAUGUUCAGGUAUCUUAUCUGUUUCAGUGUCUUGCCUACAAAUGCAGUUCUUUUGCUGCAGUUAGGGAGCGUCUCAAUUUUGUAUGCAUAAUUUCUAUGUAAAAAAAUAAAAUAAUAAUAAUAAUAAUAAUAAUAAUAAUGAAAGAAAAAAGUAAAGUGUAUAGAUAAAUUGGAAACUGAAAUUUUCAUUAAUAUGGGGAAGGAAAAACAAAAGUAUUUACACAACAACAUUGUCUUCAUUUGACCAACCAGUAGAUGCUGUAUUAUUAUAAUAAUAUGAAGUCAUUGAAUGUUUCUAAAAAUGAAGGGACGUGAGAGUGUGUGUGUGUGUGUGUGUGUGUGUGUGUGUGUGUAUUUUAUAUAUAUAUAUACACAUAUAAAAAAUCAAAUGAAAUACAGUGUUGAAAAGCACUUUGAUGAGCUUCUUGCUCCAUAGUAUUAAGAAAGAAAAACUGUUAAAUAAAACAUAAACUGUUACCAGGAAAAAGGUACCCUUAACAUAAGGGUGUGUGGGGAAUGGUGGAGGAGAGUCUAGUAUAACCCAUUGAGGUCCACACUUUACUUGCAAAAGCACAGCAGACCUUAAUGAGUUAACUUCAAGCAGCAUGAAACGCAGUGCACUGUGUGAGCGUGUCAAUCAGACCCUUGCUAUUAGCAGAGAGGAAAACAGCUGAAGCAGCAGGGUAAGUGCAAUGCAAUCCUAUGCAGGUGCUAACCAGCAUGCAUCAGCAGGGCCCCACAUACACUACUACCUAUUCCCCAGAAAGUUCUGCAGGGGCUCACAUGAAGGGAGGUUUAGUUCUGCAGGGACUCAUGAAGGGAGGUUUAGUUCUGCAGGAGCUCAUGAAGGGAGGUUUAGUUCUGCAGGAGCUCAUGAAGGGAGGUUUAGUUCUGCAGGAGCUCAUGAAGGGAGGUUUAGCUCUGCAGGGGCUCAUGAAGGGAGGUUUAGUUCUGCAGGGGCUCAUGAAGGGAGGUUUAGUUCUGCAGGAGCUCAUGAAGGGAGGUUUAGUUCUGCAGGGGCUCAUGAAGGGAGGUUUAGUUCUGCAGGGGCUCAUGAAGUGAGGUUUAGCUCUGCAGGGGCUCAUGAAGGGAGGUUUAGUUCUGCAGGGGCUCAUGAAGGGAGGUUUAGUUCUGCAGGGGCUCAUGAAGGGAGGUUUAGUUGCCAGUGGAAAGGACCGUGUUGUAAACAUGUAUUGCAAUGACACAAGCAUGCUAUCUUUGUAAAGUUUUUAGCUAGUUUGUUUUUGUACAGAGCAGGGUAACUGUUGGAGCUAUUGAUUACACAUUGUAUAGUUGUAAGGGUUGAUUUUUAUUGCUUUAUGUAUAAAAAGGAGUAUUCUGCCUGUUAGCUUUGUAUUUCCAAUGUGUUGCACAAGUUUUGCAGAUCUGUUUUGGUUUACCUGUUCUUUUGUUUUUGUUUUAUUUUUAUUUUAUUUUAUUUUUUGCUUAUUGUAUGUUUUAUUUUAUUAAAAAAAGUAAUAUGUAAAUGUACAAAACUUUAAAAUGGCAGUUCUGUUUUUAAAUGUUUAAUGCCUCUGUAAAAACAAAAGAAUACUGUAUGAAACCGUAGGAUUCAUUCAGGGUUGCCAACCUUGCAAUUUUGUUUUUACUGACAAACAGACUUACAUUGGCCUUUUUUACAGACAUCAUUUUAAAAAAAAACUGAAAAUAGGCUUUUUUUUAUGUGUUUACAUUUCUUUAGGUCUUAUUUACCUCUUAUGGUCAUGGAUCACUUGCUUCAUUGUUCUGAAGCUGGUGCUGUUUUUAACAGCAGUCUUACUUCCACAGAACAACCUGCUUUUUAAUUUAUUUGAUAGGAAA